AAAUUGUAAUUACUUCGCUACUAUGGCCUAUUUAUUGCCUUACUCCAUUCGCAAACAUUGUAUAUAGAUUUUUCUAUUGUGGUAUGGUGUUGAUAUUAUUUUGUAGCCACUCCUUCAGAGGGGGGAAGGGGAUCGCACCUUGAGAGUGUUUAGGCAAGAGGCCUGCGGGCAUACAUCACCCGUCAUAUUUAAUGUGGUUAAAUGGUUAAACCAUUGGGCUGUUUACAUUUCAAAUUAAGGAGAUGUUUUUUUAGCAACAAAACCGACAAUGUUCUCUCAGAUUGUUGACAACAUAUAAAGUAUAUUUUGUAUCCAAUGUUUAUUGAAAACAUUCCUACAUUUGCACAAUGAGCACUUGUCUCUCAAAUACAUCGUUACAGUUGUUGGUUUGCUAGCUAGAGAAUUUUUGCCAUAUUAGCAUAGACGUCAAAACAAGACAUGGUAUCAAGAACAAGAUAAAACUAGCUGAAACUAGCCACCUACGAUUCCCCACAUUGCAGCUCCUUGUCACUAGGUGGGUAGCCUAGUGGAUAGAGAGUUGGGCCAGUAACCUGAAAGAUUGGUGGAACAAAUCUCUGAGUUGACUAGGUAAAAUAUGUCGUUCUGCCCCUGAACAACGCAGUUCCCCGGUAGGCCGUCAUUGUAAAUAAGAAUUUGUUCAUAACUGACUUGCCUAGUAAAAUAAAAAAUGUGAGAAUGUUUACAUGCACUGUAAUAAUUCGAUAUUAUACUGAUUAUGUAAGUAGGGAGAUUAUGCAAUAGUCAUGUAAACACCUUACUCUGCUGAUCUUAAUCGAACUAAACAUACACUUAUUAAAACACCUGGUUUUCUGAGCAAUCUUUCAAAUUAUUAGAACAUGUAAACUGCUUAAUCGGCGCUCCAGCAGUGUAUUUGAUCUUUGCGAGUGAAGUGAUUUCGGAACAACUGAAUGUAUGCGUUCUGGUAGUUUUAUAUGUCCGAACUCGGAAUCAAAUAUGCUUCCCAAAAAUAACAUGCUUGCUGUGGUAUAACGUUUAUUUUGAUUGUCGAUUGUCUGCAUUUAUUAAAGUAGACAGAUUUCAGAUGUGUCCAUGUAAACAGGAUUAUUAGCGACGGCGUUUUUCCUAAAACGUGCAAUGCCUGUAAACGUUUUAAUCUAACUACCCACAAUAAUCGCAUUAUUGUGUGCAUGUGUAAGUAUUACUUCCGUCCCUCUCCUCGCCCCUGCCUGGGCUCGAACCAGGGACCCUCUGCACACAUAGCCACCCUCGAAGCAUGGGUACCCAUCGCUCCACAAAAGCCGCAGCCCUUGCAGAGCAAGGAGAACAACUACUUCAAGGUCUCAGAGCGAGUGACGUCACCGAUUGAAACGUUAUUAGCGCGCACCCCACUAACUAGCUAGCCAUUUCACAUCAGUUACACAUGUAACCAUACCCAUUGUUGCUGGCUAUCUGGCCAUCCAGAAUCACAACAACACACAUACAUUGAAGUGUGUGCAUUGUUUUCAUGAUAUUGUCAGCUAACCCUUCUAAUGGAAGUGUUAAUGAAUGUACCUGCAAAAAAGCAGAGAACCAUUCACACAGACCCGAUACCUGUAUUUUGGUUACAUGGUCCGUGAAAAUGAAGCACUCAUGACUAUUGUUAGGGUUGAACUGGCUAUUUGUUUGCAUAACCUAUAUAAUAUACUGGGGAAGCUAUGCUACAAUAUUAAGUAUAUGAACUACGGCUAAGUCAACUGCUGAAGAUAAGAACUACAACAGGCGACAGGAAGUGCGUCACGAGGCUGGGACCAGCCUGCACGCCGACGAUAGGAGGAGCAAGUCUAAACCACGCUCCUCCCCCCUCUGACAGGCCAGCAUUGAGCGGGAACUAUCUCUGUCAGAGUAUAUAAGAGAGAACAAUAGGAUGUGACGUUCUCUUCUCUGUCUGCCCUGCGAGGUGUCACAGAGAGACCGUAUAUAUACGAACAACUCAUUUACCAUACACGUGUUUGCAUUAAUGAAAGUACAAAUAAAUCAGAAGUUACUAUGUGCUGACUAUUUUGUUCUGAUACCAGAAUCGAAUUGACGCAACUUUAACACUAUGUAUUUUAAUUGCCAAUGUUUUUUUUUUUUACCUCCUACUCUUACGCUCUCCAAGUAAUUGAGGCUUUUUUGGUCGGCUACCACACUUUGUAACACAACAUGGGUUUGUUGUUUUGUUUUCUAUCAUGUUCCUCCAUAUUCUGUCAGAUGUUACCACGUUUGAACAUGUAAUUCAUGAAACGUGUAGCUUAAUAAAUGAGCCAAACUACCCUAAAUUAAGACUGCCUCACUUAAUUGAGACUUAAGGUCGACUGCAAUGAUUUCUCACUAUCUGCACUGCGCACACUACAGGGGUGUAAUCAUUAGUCGAAAGAGUUUCUAUUGUACAAUGAUCGUUUUUAUUGGACAAAUUCAGGUAGGUCCCUCCCCGUUUCGUUCUGUUUGCUUCCGUUUCAGAAACGUUUUUGCAACAAAAUCGGCGUAAUGAAUACGUUCCACCAAACGCUGGAUCAUGACGUCAUCAAAAAAGGACAGCGGGCUGUCUCACAAUCGUAAACAAAAGGAAAUUUUAAUCUUGCAGUUUUUCUACUCGUGGAAAAGUCUCUCCGCACAUAGACCUUUGCGUAAACAGCUAGCGACAUUGUCAUAAUAUUACAAGGCGAAAACAUGGUGGAUAUACGCACAGGUGAAUAUGCCUCUUGAAUCUAUACAAUGACCGAUAUUGGUUUUAUUCUUUGUGUUCACAUCUAACAUGUUUUUUUUUAGCUGUACCGUCAGAGUCCUUAAAUAAAAGCUCCUCCGAUGAUGAACCGUUGCUUACAUUAAUAAACAAGAAGCACCAGCCCAAUGAGACCCAGGGUAAAAAAAAAGCCUGAAUAUCACUAGACAAGAUUCAGGGUUAGAUGACACUUCAGAUGAUGAACCCUUGAGAAAGUUGGAGAGACUUCCCAAACCUAAAAAAGCCACUGUACAAGCAAAAGGGCAAGGGACUACUUAUAUCAAAAGAGGAACAGGUAAUGGCAUCCAGAAGACAAACAACAAGAUCGCAGGUUCAACCCAGGAUGAGGACUCCUAUGACAGCUCAGACGAUGAACCCUUGAUAAAGAUGGUUAAAAAGCUCCCUAAACAGACAUCGUUGCCAUUCAAAAAGAGACCCUUCAACACAACCAGAGAGGUGAACGAUGUGAAGGGCAGAAAUAACGUCCAGAACACUCAUAACCUAUGCACAGACUCAUCAGGUGACAGCUCCGAUAAUGUGCCACUGAUCAAGAUGGUAGACAAGCUGAAGACACAAACCCGAACAAAGACACUCCCUACAACAGCCAGAAAAACACCCAGUAAAGUUCUUAAAAAACACAACAGGAGUAUAGAAUCCUCCGAUGACAGCUCAGAUGAUGAACCAUUGAUUCAUCUAACCAGGUCUCCAUCUAAAGACACUGUGAGGACAAUACUGAAGAGCUGUGUCGCUAAAGAAUCCAACGGCAACAACUGUAGUCAAAGAAAAGGCAAAACCAGCAGAGAGGAAGAGGUGAAUUCUGAUGACGAGCCCUUAAUUAGCCUAGUUAAAAAGCCUCUUAAAGCUGUAAAGAAGACCACGACACCAGCGAAGAAGAGUGUGCCAGGAAAGACAAACAAAGCAGUCAACAGACGGAGCACCAGCAUUGUUCAAAGCACGAGUGAAGGGUCUUUGGAUGAUCGAUUAGAUGAUGAGCUGUUGAUUAAGAAGAUGGUGAGGAAUCCAUCAAUAAAGACCCUGAUGGUUAUUCUGGAGAGGUGUGAAACUAAAGAAGCCUUGGAAGAUUACUAUAGAGCCAACGUGGGAAACGCUGGCGAAAGAAGUGCAGCUAUGGCAGAGAAGAGAAAUCGGUCACAAGACUGCUCUGACGAUGAACCUUUGAUAAAGAUGGUUGGAAACCCAGAGUCAUGAUUAUGGACUAGUAUAGAUACCGGAAUAGUACUUCAUUUUAGGAUGACGGCAUUCAGUAACAAACUUGUCGAAGAUGGCACAAUAGUUGCUGACACAACCACUUUUUUCUUGCUUGAGGUUACUGUGUUAUGGUGAAAAGAAAUGUGUGUUGUCUAACUAUUAGGUGAUUUGGGAUAACUAUUUUCAUGUUUUAAUUUGUGUUUUUAUAACUUAUUUAUUUUUGUAUCAUGUUUACCACAUGGAUGCUCGUGGUAGCAUGUUUUGUAGUAUAUUUAUGUCCAUGCAAAAGUUGACUCAUUCAACAAUGGGCCUGAUUUAUUUUUAAUUGUUGCCAAUUAUGGGUCUCCAGCGUAAUGAAUUAGAGUACAUUUUUGUGAUUAAUAGGGAGGAGUCAUGUACUCCAUUUCUUUUGACUGGAAUGUACCAUCAAAUAGGGAGCAGUACUAUUCAUUUUCAAACACAAACUGUAGAUGUGCUUGUUACAGUCCACGCAUGUAAUGGCUUACCAUUCAAUUGUGUGAGAUUACAUUAUAAAAAAUUAUUCAUUAAUUGUUUUCACAAUUUUAAUUAAAGAACAGAAGUUUCCCA